UUAAUAAUUUUUGAAUUAAUUAAAUAAUUAGCAGAAGUUUUAAGACUUUUUUUGCUGCAGAAAAAAAUGGAACCAAGUAUCAAAGUUGAAGUAACCAGAAAUAAUGAGUGUAUAUUUAAUAAUUCAAUAAAUAUUUCAAAUUACCAUAAAAUAGAUAAUUUAGUCGAAAACUUGAAAGUGAUGCAACGACAAGUCAAUGACUUCUUGACAACUUUAGUUGAAAAAGACUCCGGCAAAGGUGAAUCUCAAGAAUUAUCCAGUGGAGAUGACGAAGAAGAUUCAGAUGAUGCUGACACAAUAGACACUAAAAAAUGUAAAUUCAAGUAAUUCAUAGACCGGUUUUAAUAAGCGAACCGUUACAAACAACUUGUGUUGCAAAAAAUAAAUUAUAAGUGUUGAGAGUACCAGAAUAGUCUUUUAUCUAUUUCUCUUCCUCAUUUUUACCUUCUCCAUUAAUUAAGUUUUUUACAAAAUAUUGUUGCAAUAAAUGUAAUGCCUAUAUAAGUCCGUCAAUACAGAAUCAAGACAGUUGUUUAUAUUGAUACUGAUACGAUUUAUGUAGUUGUGUCUGUGUAGCGACACACACUCCAAUCAUCUGUGAUGUCAAGACAGCUGUUAUCCUUGUAAAUAAAACCACAGAACGUCAGUGUUUAUACAUCAUCAUUCCGAUACGAUAAUUGUAUUUCAAACAACUGAUGAAACAUGUCAUCAACAUUAUCGAAUCAAGCUCAAUUGAGAUACAUGGUGGAGUGGUUUCAAGAGUGGUCCGAAAUGCAGCGUGGAGAUUUUUUAAGUGUACUUAUUGAACGAUGUGGACCUCCUGAUUUGGUGAAUGGACUUGUAUCUGGCAUCGAAGGUUUGGGAUGCAAUAAAGAUGAACCAACGAGACCACCAAGUUUGUUUCAAUGUCGUGUAAAACUCUUCCAAGAAUGGAGCCAGAAUUGGUCCCAGCAGGAGAAAGACAGUUUACUGACUUCCAUUAAGAAUAUUGAUUCUAAAUUUGCUGAAAAAUAUGAACGAAGACUGACAACUGGCAGCGUUGAAGAAGAAGAAUCGUAGAUUUUUUUUUCUAAGUUUAUAAAUCAUGAUUUAUUAUUUUAUAUUAUCAUUUUGAAGAUAUUCUUUUGAUUUAAUUUAGAAAAUUUUGUUAAAUAUUUUUAUUUUAGCGCAUGUAGUUUUUUUUAACAUCUAUCUAGUCUGCUGUCGUGUCGCUUUAUAAUUAAAAAAAAAAAUACAUUCCAUCGAUUUAUAAUAAUAAACAUUCCAUAUGUACAUAUCAUCA